AUGUCGGAGCCUGAAAUUUCACAGCUGGGACCUCGCUCAGUAUUGACCGGAAAGGAGGAGUCUCAGGCUAUUUACUGUUUCAGGCCUGACGAAGGUGCUGGUCACCGAGGUACUCGAGCAAGGCUGAAGGACUAUUGGGAUUUCUUUAUUUCCGAAAAACCGCGUCCGUGGUUCCCAGGUGACAACUCCACGGUCCCUUCCACUAACGCUAUGGACCCGUCCAUCAAGCGCAAAAAGGGUGUAAAUUGGACCCUACAGGAAAACGAGUUGGUUAUCGAAUUGUUCCUAGACAACUACGACACCUACUACUUCAAAUUUUCCGACGGGUCUAAAAAGGGUAUAAAAGCGGUACGGGAUUCUUUACACGAACGAUGGGCUGAACAGUUGACUCGACUGGGAUUCUCCGAGCGAUCACCGGCCCAGGUUGCUGAGAAGAUCAAGAAGAGCAUCAUCAUAACUCGGAAGUAUAUCAACAACUAUAGUGAGAAUGCACCACGUACCGGGCGAGGAGACGACUUGCCUCCAUUUCUUAGGCCACUGGAAAAGAAGCUGCGUGAGGAACAUGCCAAGGAGGUGAAUGGGUGUAGCUUCUCAGCUGGUGAGCGUCAAUUCAGAGACUUUUUCUUGUCCUUUUUCGUGCAGUUUGAUUUGCGCAUUGCAGAAGAUGGUGUAAUUCCAUUCUAUGAUCUAUUAAAAGAUGUGAAGGAAGAAUCUAUGAGCUCGACAGGAGGCAAAGACACGAGCGAUUGUCAUUCUUUGGAUGCGGAUCUUGACAUUGAACGUGGUACUAGUAGCCUCUAUGAGAGCCCGAUGACUCGUCUAUCGCAAAUGGCUAAUAUACCGCAGACGUUUGAUCCACCAAUAGCACCAGUUACACCGUUCAAGAUCUCUACACUACCGUCUUUGAUUUGCAAGAGUAAGAAGCGUUGGUCUGACGAAGAGAUGGACGACAUGACUUUGAAACGUCAACGCCUCCUGGAUGCAGAACUUGAGCUUGUUGAACGAAAACGGUACCUCGUCGAAAUGAAAAUCAAGUACUGGGAAGAAAAGACGAAACGUCUCUCCACCUCAACAUCGUAG